CAGUCAUGUCCCACCCGGAGCGAUGGGGAAGCUCGAGGACAACGAGAGGGUGAUCCUCAACGUGGGGGGCACGCGGCACGAGACCUACCGCAGCACCCUGAAGACCCUGCCGGGGACCCGCCUGGCCUUACUCGCCUGCGAGUCCCAGAGCGAGUCCCCGGGCGGUGAAGAACCACCCCUGCCGCCCCCCAACCCACCUCCACCCGUGGGGGGCUGCCCAGAGCCCGGCACCGGCUGUAGCCCCCGGGGCAGCGGGGGUACCAGCGAGUUUUUCUUCGACCGGCACCCGGGGGUCUUCGCCUAUGUGCUCAACUACUACCGUACCGGCAAACUGCACUGCCCCGCCGACGUCUGCGGGCCCCUCUUCGAGGAGGAGCUGGCUUUUUGGGGCAUCGACGAGACCGACGUGGAGCCCUGCUGCUGGAUGACCUACCGCCAGCACCGCGACGCCGAAGAGGCCCUCGACAUCUUCGAGGCUCCCGACCUGCUGACGGGCGAACCGCCCCCCGACGGCGACGACGACGACCUGGCCGCCAAAAGGUUGGGCAUCGAGGACGUGGGGGCCACCGCCGAGGGCAAGGGCGGGCGCUGGCGGCGGCUGCAGCCCCGCGUCUGGGCGCUCUUCGAGGAUCCCUACUCCUCACGGGCCGCCAGGUUCAUCGCCUUUGCCUCGUUGUUCUUCAUCCUAGUUUCAAUCACAACCUUUUGCCUGGAAACACAUGAGGCUUUCAAUACUAUUAUAAACAAAACUGAGCAGGUCGUCAACGGGACAGAAACUGUGCUACAGUAUGAAAUUGAGACAGAUCCUGCCCUGACGUACGUGGAAGGAGUCUGUGUGGUAUGGUUUACAUUUGAAUUUUUAGUACGCGUUGUUUUUUCCCCCAACAAACUUGAAUUCAUCAAAAACCUCUUGAAUAUCAUUGACUUUGUGGCCAUCCUGCCCUUUUACCUAGAAGUGGGCCUGAGCGGGCUCUCCUCCAAAGCUGCUAAGGACGUGCUUGGUUUCCUCAGGGUGGUGAGGUUCGUGAGGAUCCUGCGAAUCUUCAAGCUCACCCGGCACUUCGUGGGCCUCAGGGUGCUGGGCCACACUCUGCGAGCCAGCACCAAUGAAUUUUUGCUGCUGAUAAUCUUCCUGGCACUCGGUGUUUUGAUAUUUGCCACCAUGAUCUACUACGCAGAGCGGGUGGGAGCCCAGCCCAAUGACCCGUCGGCGAGUGAGCACACACAGUUCAAAAAUAUCCCUAUUGGCUUCUGGUGGGCUGUAGUCACCAUGACCACCCUGGGGUACGGGGAUAUGUAUCCACGGACUUGGUCAGGCAUGCUGGUGGGAGCCCUGUGUGCGCUGGCAGGGGUGCUCACUAUAGCCAUGCCGGUGCCUGUGAUAGUUAACAAUUUUGGGAUGUACUACUCCCUGGCCAUGGCGAAGCAGAAACUGCCGAGGAAGAGGAAGAAGCACAUCCCUCCUGCUCCUCAAGCCAGCUCGCCCACCUUCUGCAAGACAGACUUGAACAUGGCCUGCAAUAGCACGCAGGGUGACAUCUGCCUGGGCAAGGACAACCAGCUGAUGGAGCACAACAGAUCAUCAGUGUUAUCAGGUGAAGACAGUGCAGGAAGUGAGCAGCCACUCUCACCUGGUGAAAGGCUCCCUCCCAUCAGACGCUCUAGUACAAGAGACAAAAACAGAAGAGGGGGAACAUGUUUCCUACUGACCACAGGUGAUUACACGUGUGCUACUGAUGGAGGGAUCAGGAAAGAUAACUGCAAAGAGGUUGUCAUUACUGGUUACACGCAAGCAGAAGCCAGAUCUCUUUCUUAAUGGCUUGGGGAAGGCACAAAACAUGCAAGAAAGUGUUGUACAGAAUUUAUCAUGGAUUUUUGACUGCUGAAAAAGGGACAAUGGAAUUUAGCCAUACCAAGGACUGUACUGGAAAGAGACUGCUGCUGCUGAAUGGGCCCUGAUAAACAACUCGCGCCUUGAGGAGGUCACUGAGACUUUACAUGCAAAGUGGACCUUGUUAAAGAAGAUUAAAGACUGCUCAUAAUUACUGCUGCCAGAGGAAGGGGUGACUAGUCACUGUUGAUGAGUCAGCUGUAAAUAAAACGUGUGUGCAUGGAAUAUCAGUUUUUAUCUAUAUCAAGGAAAGCUGAAUUCAAGUCAUCAUUGCUAAGGCUCCAUGCAAAGACCCACACCCCUGUAUGUAUUAUUCCUGGUUCCUGCAGUAAGUUGUGCUGUGGAUCAUACAAAGACACCCACUUACUAAUGAUAGUGACGUAAACUACAUCUGUCUUGACUUCUGUCAUAAUAACGGUAUAUUUUGCAAAGGUCACAAAUAUGAACAGAGUAGGUUUGCAUAAGUCCUUGCUUUCUCAGUUUGCCAUGACCUAUAUUUGUAUGAAUUCUAGUGUACAGGCCAAGUCUUAAGUUUACUUUUCACUUUGAUAACAGAAAUGUGACUGCAGACAAAUAUCACCGACUUUGUUCACAGCACACAGUCUUCUUUCAUUGUUACCUCAAACUAUAAGUAUUAUGAGAAAUAAAAUUCUGGCAGCAAGAGUAUUUUGGGUUUUUUUUUUUUUUUUUAAUUCAAAGUGUUGCAAACCCAACAUCAAUAAGUAUAAAAGAUGUAUUAAAAUUAUAUGCUACAAAUGUAUAUUUUACAUAAAAGAGAUAUUCUUUGAUCAGUUACUUUCUGUGAUUUUUGUGGUAAAUGGAUCUAGUCUAUUCUAUGUUUAUGAGGCAUUGUAGUGCUACGAUGUGGUAAUUAUGUUCUCUCCAUCCUAUUCAGUGGGAAAUUCUCCAGAAUCUGUUUUGUCAUCCUGGUGUCCCAAUUGUAGGGACCUGUCCCAGUUGUGAAACUCUGUAUCGUGGAACUUCUGUGAACAUGUCAAGGUGCAUGCACAAUCCUGGUGGAAACCAGUGGAAAUGUAAUACCUGAAUUGGAGAAUAAAAGGCAAAAGACCUGGGGAGGAACUUGGAACAUA